AUGUACGACAAAGAGAAAGAUCAAGCAGACGCCGUGUGUCAAUUACAAACACUUUUGUUACUUAAUAAAAAAGAUGAAGCAAUGGAACUCAUGAAUAACUCAAAUAUGUUACUUUGGAUACAACAAACACCUUUUCUUGGGAAGAUCAUACACUGCGCCGUUGCUUUAAAUGAUAGAAAAAUUGUCGAGGCAUUUCUUUUGAAACUCCCUGCAAGCGCUGAAGCAAAAAAUGUGAUUAUGUCGACGCCAAUUUACACGGCUAUAGAACAAGGAAAGUUUGAGAUGGCUCAAAUACUCUUGAACAAAAACGUCGACUUGACAAAUGUGAAUGCACACGGAAAUAACAUCGCGCACGCAUUAGUCCGCUAUGAUGACCCAUUUGUCGAAAAGUGUAUUACACUCCUCCGAAUGACAAAAGACAAUCUACUCGACCAACAAAACUUGUUAGGAGAGACUCCGCUGCACUUAGCUUGUCUCUAUGGAAAUAUUCGGAACGUUCAAUUACUUUUAGACUCCCACGUUUCAAUCAUAAAAAAGACGAGGAGUGGUAAAAAGGCACAAGACUAUGCAAUAGAAGCAGACAACUCCUCUCAGAUUAUUUCACUUCUGCAGAAUUGUCACCCCCACAGAGUUUCAAAGUCCGGUUCCUUCACAAAUCUUCUUGGCAUCAAAGUCCCAAAAUUUUUGAAAAAAGAAGAAUGCGACUAA